AUGUCAGGAUCUAUUUUCACACAAAAGGAAUCACAGGAUUUAAUUCAAAUUGGUGUCCCAUCGAUUGAGCGUCCAUUUGGAGUUUAUUUAUGGCCUAUAUUCAAUAAAGUCUUUGAAUCAGUCAUUGGAUACCCAGCUGACGAUUUUGAGUUUAUUUACCACAAGACUUUUUUGGCUAACGGGUUCCAUGCUAUAAGUAUAAUUAUAGUUUACUAUAUUGUUAUAUUUGGUGGAAGAGAAAUUAUCAAUAAAUUUAAAUUACCUGCUUUGAAAUUAAAUUUUUUGUUUCAGUUACAUAAUAUCGUUCUUACUUUGUUAUCUUUGAGUUUGUUGUUGUUAUGUAUUGAGCAAUUGGCACCAAUGUUAUAUCACCAUGGGUUGUUUUAUGCUAUUUGUGAUGAAGGAGCAUUUACCCAGAAAUUGGUUACUUUGUACUACUUGAAUUAUUUGACCAAAUUCUUGGAAUUGAUCGAUACUGUAUUUUUGGUGUUGAAAAAGAAGAAAUUGUUGUUUUUACACACUUAUCAUCAUGGAGCCACUGCAUUGUUAUGUUACACUCAAUUGACUGGCUCAACUUCAGUUGAAUGGGUUCCAAUUACUUUGAAUUUGGCAGUUCAUGUCGUCAUGUAUUGGUACUACUUCCUUAGCGCUAGAGGUAUUAGAGUUUGGUGGAAAGAAUGGGUCACUAGAUUCCAAAUUAUUCAAUUUGUUCUUGAUUUAGGAUUUGUUUAUUUCGCGACUUAUACUCAUUAUGCGUUUGCUUAUUUCCCAAGCUUGCCACAUAUCGGAAACUGUCAUGGAAGUGAAUUGGCAGCCGCUUAUGGAUACUUGAUCUUGUCUUCAUAUUUGGUUUUGUUUAUCAGUUUUUACAUCAAAGUUUACAAGAGCAAAGGUGGUAAAAAGCCUGUCAAGGCUAAUGAAGUUGCUAAUGCUGCUGAAAAAGCAGUAAGUGGUACUAGCAGCGGGGUUGAUACAGGUGCCAAAAAGGUUAAACCAAGAAAAGCCUAG